UUCGUGGGAGGCAGUGGUACCUUGGCAGAGGCGAUCAUAUGGGUAAUGGCUGAGCUCAUCAACCAUCCAAAUGUAUUCCAGAAGCUGAGAGAAGAGAUAAGAUCGGUUGUUGGCAGCACUAGACUCGUUGAGGAAUCUGAUGUCGCAAGUCUCCCCUACUUGCAAGCAGUUGUAAAAGAAACACUAAGACUAUAUCCGCCAUUUCCUGUGACAGCAAGAGAGUGCCGCCAAAGCUGUCAAAUAGGAGGCUACGACAUCCCCCAAAAAACUGCGGUGGCAAUCAAUCUGUAUGCCAUAAUGAGAGAUCCAGAGAUAUGGGACAACCCAAAUGGGUUCUUCCCAGAGAGGUUCAUGGUUUUUGACGACACACAACACAAAAACAUGGAACAUAAACAGGAUCAUGGCAUAGGUCGAAGUACCGUGGAAGAAACUUUUCUUACUUUUGGUGCGGGGAGGAGAGCCUGCCCUGGCUCAAGGCUGGGGUUGAUUAUGAUGCAUUUGACAGUUGCAGCCAUGGUUCAAUGCUUUGAUUGGAAGUUUUGUGGAGAUGGACACAACGGUAAAAUUAAUAUGGAAGUUGGGAAAAGCCUUUUUAUACACUUGGCUCAACCACUCACAUGUCUUCCGGUUGUUCACUUCAACCCCUUUGCUGCUUCCAUCUAAAUUAAUCCUACAUUUUCUUCACCUUCACUCCACUUGAUGCUUAGAUAUAAGAGCAUGUGUACACAUACAUGCAGGAUCAUAUAUGCUUUACAGUUAUUCUGCUCGAUCUCAAUGUAUACUGUCUGUUUGUAUCACGACCAACUUUCAGUUGCAUUAUGCCUUGUUUAAUAUAUGUUUAAUAUAUGUUAUUGUUAAUAAACAUUCGCAGGAAUAGUGCAUUUAUAGAGCACUACUUUCUGCAGAAUUUGCUUUGAUGGUGUAACAGAGCGUCUUUUAUUUUGAGUCCAGUUUCAUCUAUUAAACUAACAUUUCUCUC